UGGCAAAGGAGGAGGGGGCGGACUCAGUGACUCAAGCAGAGACAGCCCUUUUGGAUCACCUCUCCUCCAAUCUCCGAGUGGUGGUGGCCACGAUAGGCCAGCCCUAUGGGGCGUCUCUGCAGGCUGACAGCUGGCGGUUCAUCCACGGAGGGAUUGCCCUGUGGCUGGACGUGAAAGGUGACUCUGACAGCCCUCCGGACCCUCAUUUCGCGGACAGAGCUGACGUGGCAAUCCGACUGCACCUGCCAGCUGGCUGGAGCACGGACGACGCGGUCAGCGCUGACGUGGCACGGGCAGCGGCGGAGGGGGCGCUGACAGCUGUCAAGGCGGCAUUGGACGCGGAUCCACAGCUACCGGGGAAGAAGAGCCUGUACGUGAGAAUGGGGUGCAGGGGCGACUGGCCGGACCUCAUGCCACCAAGCUGGGACCCCACCGCCCAACCAGGCAAAGCAGAAGCAGCAGCCACAGGGGAGUGA